GAAGAAGCUCAGGAUGACGACUUUGCCAUUGAUCCAGAUGACGAAUUGCUCAUGCAUACUUACCAUACUUUACCGGACAAUUGUAAAAAGUUUUGGGGAAGAAGGUAUGACUUGUUUGGUAGGUUUGAUGAAGGAAUCUAUAUGACAUCUGAGCUUUGGUAUUCGGUAACGCCAGAAUCAAUAGCAGUCUUUGUAGCCCGGCUUUUCAAGUAUCUCAUUCCCGAUGCUAAAAGUGCCAUGGACGUCUGCUGUGGUGGAGGUGGAAACACCAUCCAUUUUGCCAAGUACUUUGAUUCUGUUGUUGCUGUAGAUAUAAAUGCAAUUAAUGUCAAGUGUACUGAACACAAUGCUCAGAUCUACGGUGUGGGUAGCAAAAUAGAUACAGUUGUUGGGGACUGGAACGAAUUGAGUAGAGUUGAGGUAGAUGGCUUGCCGAAUCAGAACUGGAUUCCACAACAUUUACGAAAUAAAGAGUUUCCACAAAAGACGUUUGAUUUCAUCUUUUCAUCGCCUCCAUGGGGAGGAACUUCGUACGAUAAGAAAGAUAACGAGUUCGACUUGUACACUAUGGAACCGUUUCCCAUCGACAAGAUGGUCAAGCAGUUUCUACAGUAUACCGAGAAUAUCGGGUUGUUCUUGCCCAAGAGUCUGAAUUUGAACCAAAUUGCACAAGUAACUCGUGAGGUUUACGGAGUUGAGGGAAAGUGCCGGGUUAUCUAUAUAUAUAGAAAAUCAUUUCUUACGGGUAUAGUGGCAUUGAUGGGGCCAGGAGUGACGGGAGCAUUGGACUAUGAGGAGCUAUUUGGGGCAGAAGAAGAGUAUAGAGAAGAUGAAGUUUAA